GUUUGGGCUCAUUUCCGCUCUGUUGUGGCCGUUUGUAAAGAAGAGAAGACCGACAACUGCCGUCAUGUCCAACAACAAUGCCAGCAGCAACUUAAUUGUUGCUCAAAGGGCCGUGAAGCAGCUUCGAUUAGAGGCCAGUAUUCGGAGGAUCAAGGUGUCCCAGGCUGCUGCUGAUCUGAGAAACUUCUGCUUGCAAAAUGCUUCCAAGGACCCUCUUCUGAUGGGAGUCCCUUCCAGUGAUAAUCCCUUCAGACCCCCAAAAUCCUGCUCACUGUUCUGAGCAGCACGAGGAACAUGAAGGAUUUCUGGAUUCUUCUGCAAACUCUCUCUUCACUUCUGAAUGAUGUCAACGCAGAUUUGUCAACACCUCAUCUUGAGAUGAUGCACAUGGUGCUCAUGGGUUUGAAGGGGAGGGGGCAUUUGUUUGCCAAAACUAAUGGUAUCACAACUCCCAUCUGUUACCUUAAAGCAGAGCUAAACUCUACAUGUUCAACAAAUGACGAACAGAAAAUGUUCUCAACACUAACCUGAUUAAUGAUUAAUUUUGGUUUACCCAGUGCUCAACAUGUCCAUGCUUGAUUUACUGACUUCAACAUGGUCUGUAUUCAGUCAGUAAAACAGGAACUUUCCUCUGUUAUUUUGAGUGGCAUGCAAAGGAAUAAUCACAUAGAUUUAAUCCAGGUGCUGUUAAGGAAUAGAAACAUGUCAUAUAAAACACUACAGAAAAACUAGUAACGUUUUGCUGACAUCCCAGGACCAUUUUAACGAAACUGGUGCCUUCAGCUGCUCCCAUAUUAGAGACUAUGUUAAAUGCAUUAUGUUAAUCUUGAGGUACUACAACAUAGAGUAACCCCAUCUGCUAAGGGUAUGUGAUUGAUGAAUUAACUUUAAUCCAAUGUUCUUUCUAUAUAUAAAUAUAUGCAACAGCCUGUUAAAGUUUCUUUUCUUUUUGUGUACAUGUUGCAUCUCUGUGAAGAAAAUAAGGCCUUUCACAGUUUGGAUAGUGGUAGCGAGUUUAAUUCACUUUAGAUGCAAAAAUGUUUCUACCUGUUGAAAUCCUUCAUAUUUUGUAUGUAUUUAAUGAAUCGUGCUGCAGUGGCUUGUUGCUUUAAUUUUUUUCCACACUGGAUUCACACUCCAAUCAACCAAAUCCUUUACUGCUGUCAGCUUGUAUCUUUCUGAAAGUUAAAUGACUUUUUCCAGACACUGAUAAAAUGCUGCAUGUGGUUUUAAAAAUCAAACCUGUGUGCAAAUAGCAAAAGAAGAAAAAUAUUUGAAUGUAACAUGUAAUGUGGUUCAAAUUUUCUGUGCAUUUUAUGACAUAAGCCCUCAGUUUAGUGCUUCAGUGAAAGCAGUCACAUGAAUUGGAGCAUUUUCACUAAUAUCAUCCAUGAAGAAUCAGAGGUAAUUGGAUAGAGUGGCUCUCAUUUGUGACAGUUAUCUGCUGAACUCAGUUUAUUUGAUCUAAUAAAAAUGUA